GCCGAAAAAGGAAAUAAUAUAUCCCAAUAUUAUAUAGGCAAUUGUUAUCGUUAUGGUAUAAACAUCAAAUAUGAUUAUAAUAAGGCAAUUGAAUGGUAUUCAAAAUCAUCAGAAGGAAGAAAUAUUAUAGCAACUUAUAGUUUAGGUUAUUGUUAUGAUCAUAGAGAUAAGAUGAAAGCAUUAGAAUUAUAUUUAAAAUCUGCUGAAGGAGGUUAUAAACAUGCGUUACACAUGGUGGGAAAUUAUUAUUAUCAUGGUUAUGGUAUUUUAGAAGAUAAAAAUAAAGCUUUUGAAUGGUAUUUAAAGGCUGCAAAGAAAGGUCAUGCUUUUAGUCAAUAUUUAGUAGCAAAUUAUUACAAUGAUGGAAUAUAUAUCCCUAAAAAUGAAGAAAAAGGUUUUUAUUGGAUUAGAAAAGCUGCAAUUAAUGGUUAUAUUAAUGCACAAUAUAAUCUAGCAAAAUAUUAUCUUGUCAAUUCUAUUAAUAAGAAUGAAAGAAAAGCAUUUAUAUGGUAUUUAAUAUUAGCUAAUAAGAAUUCAUUAAGAGCAAUUUAUAUAAUUGCAAAAUGUUAU